CUUUCCCCCAUCAGUUAGUUUAGCAACUCAAAAUCUCUAGCUAUGAAAAUUGUAUCUGUUUGACAAAAAACAAAGAACUAAAAACACCAACAUAAGUACACCAGUUCACAGGUUUAACCCAGACCCAACCACAAAAGUACACACAGAGCGAAUCUAGCUGGGAUUAUCCGAGCACACACUCCAAAUGGGCGCCCAGUUGGCCGGCGAAACGCGUGCCGAGGGUGGCGGUGCAGGACCAGGAACAGGACCACACCCACCGCAAAAGCAGGAUUCGACGACCAAGAGGUCGGAAAAAUCGGACCAGACGGAGAAAGCGUUGCCGGGGCAGACGAAGCAGGAACCGGAUGGACAACCGAUUCCCAAACAGGAGUAUCCACAGCCGAUGCCCGUUUCCAGACGCCUCAUAAGAUCGCGCAGCUUCACCACCGAUAUCCAACGAAUGCCAACGGAGGCCAUUUACGCGGAAUUCGAUCGACUGAUUCAGCAGGUGGAGGGCCAUCUGGGGCCGGUGGCGGUGGAGUCACCGUGCUUGGAUGUGGCCGCCCGGCUGCAGAGCUGCCUCCAGGCGCACCGCCAGCGGUCGUGCAACUGCUUUGCAGCUAUGGAGGAGUACCGCAACUGCGUGGUGCGUGCCACACAGAAUCGCGUGGACGACUUGGCGGACAUGGAGCCGCCAAUGAUGCCGGUGGUGCCGCCCCAGGUGAUGCCACCUCCCGCUGUGCCGCCGCCAAAUGCGCGUGGCAACCGCAGGUGGUGGAAGUUUUGGACCUGGUUCCGCUAACCGGAUGCAGUUGUCCGUUUAUCCGCCCAAAAACACGAUGCUAGAGAAACGGCUUUAUUAAUUUAAAUCAUAGGACUUGAAUCCAUUUUCGUAGUUUUCCCGGCUGCAGAUGUGACCAAAAAGGAUGUCUACUUCAAGUGAAUUUAGUCACAGUGAAUGCUCGGAAAUUAAACGCGGCAGCGUUUAGUUCAAAUUGAUAAAUUGAAGCCAAGUAGAUAAAUAAUUUGUAUGUUCUGUGUAAAAUAAAUAUUUAAACUUC